CCGCCAUUCUCCGAUGAUUUAAUUUAUGUCUUUCGGUUUUGAAAGCACAAGUUAUGGCUGAACCUGGCGUAAUAAAAAAAUUAGAUGAAACUGUUGUCAAUAGGAUUGCUGCUGGUGAAGUUAUACAGAGACCAGCGAAUGCUCUUAAAGAAUUGCUGGAAAAUAGCCUUGAUGCAAAAUCGUCUAAUAUUAAAGUAACAUUAAAGGGAGGAGGAUUAAAACUUCUUCAGAUUCAGGACGAUGGCACAGGAAUACGUAAAGAGGAUUUAGAUAUUGUUUGUGAGCGCUUUACGACUAGUAAAUUACGUGAAUUUGAAGACCUAAAUAGUAUCAACACAUUUGGUUUUAGGGGAGAAGCCCUUGCAAGUAUAAGUCAUAUAGCUCAUCUUACCAUCACCACAAAGACAGCUUUGCAGCCAUGCGCAUAUAUUGUUUCUUAUGAAGAUGGAAAACCCAAAGGUCUUCCAAAGCCUUGUGCUGGUAACCAGGGUACUAUUAUCUCGGUUGAAGAUCUUUUUUACAAUGUUGCAACCAGAAGGAAAGCUUUUAAAAGUGCAUCUGAAGAACAUUCCAGGGUUGCUGAUGUGGUAGGAAGGUAUGCGAUUCAUAAUCCAAAAGUUGGUUUUGCUUUGAAGAAACAUGAGGCCAAUACAUCAGAUAUUAAGACUAAUCCUAAUUCAACUCAUGUUGAUAAUAUUCGUGCUGUUUAUGGAAAUAGUGUUGCUAGGGAACUGUUAGAAGUUGAGGGAUCUGAUGAUUCGUUGAAAUACAAAAUGCAUGGCUUAAUCUCCAAUGUGAACUAUUCUGCCAAAAAAAGCAUAUUUAUAUUAUUUAUUAAUGAUCGUCUCGUUGAUUCAACAGCUCUGAGAAAAACCAUUGAAAAUGUUUAUUCGCUUUAUUUACCCAAAGGGUCUCAUCCAUUUGUAUAUAUAAGCCUUGCACUUGAUCCUCGAAAUGUUGAUGUGAAUGUUCAUCCGACAAAGCAUGAAGUUCACUUUUUACAUGAGGAUAUUAUCAUUGACAAAACACAGAAGUCUAUUGAAAGUAAAUUAUUGGGAGCUAAUACGUCACGUGUUUUUUACAAGCAGUGCAAGUUACCAAAUGUGGACUUGAAUUUGACAACAGCAGUUUUGGAGGAUGAAGUGGAAAAAGAAAAAGAGAAAGAGAAAACCAUAAAAGCCAAAAAUUUGGUUAGAACUGAUGCAUCCUCCCAAAAAAUUGACAAAUUCCUUAAAACUGAUACCAAUAGCAGCAGUAAGGAUAUCAGUAAAACAGAAGAAAACGGUUACAAAAGGCGUGAAAUAAAACUUACUAGUGUGUUGGCAUUAAAAAGUAAUGUUGAAAACGACUGCAAUCUGGCUGUGAGAGAUAUAGUUGCAAAUAUAACAUUUGUUGGGUGCAUAGAUCAAAAUUCAGUUCUAGUCCAGCACACUACAAAUUUAUAUUUUUUUCGGUUGAAAAGGCUUACAGAAGAAUUGUUUUUCCAAACUAUGCUUUAUGAUUUUGGAAAUUUUGGAGCCAUUAAAUUCAAGAGUGGCCUUGCACUUUAUGAUUUGGCAAUGCUGGGAUUGGAAGAUCCUGAAACAAAAUGGAAGGAGGAAGAUGGGAAGAAGGAUAUGUUAGCCGAAACUGUUUCUCAGGUGCUUGCAUCAAAGGCUGAAAUGCUAUUGGAUUACUUUUCAAUAGAAAUAGAUAAUGAUAACAAAUUACUGAGCAUUCCUCUUCUAUUAGACAAAUAUAUGCCUGAUAUCACUCGCUUACCAAAUUACAUUCUUCGUUUGGCAUGUGACGUUGAUUGGAAACAAGAAAAGCCUUGCUUUGAAGGGAUCUGCAGAGAAACUGCCAAGUUUUAUUGUUAUGUUGAUACUCUUAAUGAAUAUGAAGGACAUGAUUGGAAAUGGACAGUAGAGCAUAUCCUUGUACCAGCAUUGAAAAAAACUUUACUACCACCAAAGCAUUUCGCUGAAGAUGGGACUAUGCUACUUUUAACUUCACUACCAGAGCUUUAUAAAGUCUUCGAACGAUGCUAAGUUUUUCCUGAACUUGUAUAUUAUAUAAUUAAUUUUUUUUUUCUUCAAAAUAUUUUGACUGUAAAUAUAAUUAAAAAAAAAAAAAUUGUAGCUUCCUGUGAAAGUUUAUGAAGUAUUAUAAAUAUGUAUAUAUUUUUUUACUGUUAAUUUAUGGUGUUCACUUAACAGAUUGUUUGUUAUAAGUUUUCGAAAGUCAAAACGAAAUGUAUAUAGAAAACAUUGGAAGUCCAAUGUUAGUUUGUGAGGUCUGGCGGUGAUAAAAUUAUUUUUAAAAUAUUAUUGUAUCAAAAUAGAAUUGUUUCAAUGUAAAUAAUCAUGAGAUUUGUGAUAACAAAAUAUACAAUUGGGAAAU